CUCCAUCCUUUAUUAUUAUUAUUAUUAUUUUUCCUCUCAGUUUAAUUUGUGAUGACGUGCAUAUGUCUGAAUUAUUUUUGUUUUUCUUGGGAAGCAAUGAGGAAAUGGUGCAAGGUUUUACUUCCUUCGUCGAACUAAUAUUCGGUUUCUGGGAUUGAAUUUUUGGUUAGAAGUCAAAUAUUCCAGCCACUUUCUUGAAGUUCCAUUUUGUGCUGCAGAUAUGGUAUUUAGUCAAGAAAUGACAGAUUUUGCAGUUUCUCUAACAAUCUCGACUUGGGAAUGGCCAAACAAAGUGGACGAGGAAAAUUGCAUUCGUAAUAAGGACAUCAGUACGAUGAUUGUGCGGAAGUGUCUGCAUUUUUUAUGAUGGAGUCUAUUCCAUACGGACACUUACUAUAGUAGAAUGUUUUGAUGUCCAAAGUUAAUGUGUAGAUUAACAUGAACCUGUGAAAUAUUAUUGUGUUGUCAAUAAUCUUGAGAUGUGCUUUUUUCCUGUGGCUGAGAGGCUAUUGCAAGGUAUUAACAAAGACAAGCUUGAACUGAACUCUCAUGGGAGCUGGAUUCCAUAUGUUAGGAUUUGAUGGUUAUACGUGUAGGAUAUAAGUACCUUGAAAUUGUGAGGGAAUCAGAGAUGCAGAUGGUUAAAUAGAGGAUGCAGUGCAAGCAGUGUGCUUCAGACUGUUGACCUAUUGGCAUUCUACUGCCCAAACAGUUGAAAGAUUUUCACCACAAAACCCAAAAUGGUUGCUAAUGAUUCUGAAAUUAUAUCCCAAGGAAAUGUCGAGUCACAAUUAGAAUCAAGCCAGCAACAGCCUGAGAAUCAGACAGUUCAAUCACUUGGGAGACAGUCGUCUAUAUACUCACUCACCCUUGAUGAGUUUCAACAUACACUUUGUGAGAGUGGCAAGAAUUUUGGGUCGAUGAACAUGGAUGAAUUUCUCAACAGUAUAUGGACUGCUGAAGAAAGUCAAGCUCAGGGACACACCCAAGCCACUGCCGCAGCCAAUACCGUGCUUGCCCUCCAAGAAGGUAAUACAACGGACAAGGGAAUAUCGAAGCAGCCUAGCUUACCAAGACAAGGUUCUUUCAAUAUCCCAGAGCCUCUGUGUAGGAAAACAGUCGAAGAAGUAUGGUCUGAAAUUCACAAAACUCAGCCGCAUAAUGGUGGCAGUCACAGCCAUGUUCAGAAUCCUAAUGCCACUCAGAGGCAACCUACCUUUGGAGAAAUGACACUAGAAGAUUUCUUGGUUCGGGCAGGGAUUGUGAGAGAACAGAACGUUGCCCCUGCACCAGUACCCCAACAGCCAGCAUAUGGAAUGUACCAAAGCAGCCACCAUCCACCGGUGGGGCCUAAUUUUGCUGCCAGGCCUAUAAUGGCUAUAGGUGGUCCUUCUGCUGGUGGUGUAAAUGUAGCAACUUAUCAGGCGCUCCCACAAAGUGGGGUUGGUGCGUACUCGCAGCAGUCAUCAGCAGUCAGUUAUGGAGGGAGAAUGGGGAAUGGAAGUGGAGGAUUCGGGCAAGUGCAGGGUUUGGGAAUGGGAUCAUCAGCUUGCCCGGUGUCGACAGACGGACUGUGCAUGAAUCAGGUGGACAGUGGGAAUCAAUACGGAGCUGAUACGGGUGGGUCGAGAGGAGGAAGGAAGCGAAUUAUAGAUGGUCCGGUGGAGAAGGUGGUGGAGAGGAGACAACGGAGGAUGAUCAAGAACAGAGAGUCAGCUGCACGAUCUAGGGCGAGGAAGCAGGCUUACACAGUUGAACUUGAAGCAGAACUGAACCAAUUAAAAGAAGAGAAUGCGCACUUGAAACAAGCUUUGGCUGAGUUCGAAAUGAAAAGGAAACAACAGUAUUAUGAGGAAACAAGAGCGAAAGCACAGAUGCAGUCUAAGGCCCAAAAAGCCAAUGAGAGACUUAGAACAAUGAGGAGGAGUUCAAGUUGUCCCUACUGAAACGACAGCAUUCGGCGCCCCUAAUAUGCUAUUAGAAGAGUAAUAGUUAUCCUUGGCCUGAACAAAGUGCGUGCAUUGCAUAAUCAAUUGAUUCGACCACGAGGUUGUUGGAAUGGCUUACCAAUUAGCCAUUUCCAGGAAGACAGGAAAAGGAAGUCAAUACUAAUGGUGCUAUGGAUGCGUGUGGCUUGCAUUGAUGCUCGCAAUUCUUUCUUUCCGAUGAACAGCUGAGGUUGAAAGGUUUAGGCUUGUAAACUUUCUUUUGGAGUUAUAGAGAUUGAAACAUAUAGUUAUGUUUGAUGUAUAGUUCUGAGCUUGACUCUUAUAUGGACUUAAGGCCUA